CGGAAAAUGCUGCGCCACAAAAAAUCACGUCCUCAUAAACACCACUGCCUUUGGCGCCUAAUCCCAUCCCCACCCGCCUUCCAGUUUCGUCUCCCCCGCUCCAACUCCUCUCACAAAUCUCUAUUCCCAAUUCGAAUCCCGGAAUCCUGCACGUCUCCAGAUGCUUCUCCUCCCCCACCGCGCAGCCCCCGCCCCCGCUCUGCGAGGGAAGCCAGCCGUGCAGGCCACACCACCAAGGCGUCGGCCUCGCCGGCGACCGGUGCAGCCUCCCCUCGCCACUGCGCCCGCUUCCGUCGCGGUCAACUCCGACGAGGACGCCUUCACCAGGUGCUCCGGGUACCUGUUCGAGGAGGGCGUGGCCACCGAGGUGGAGCUCCCCACUGCCUACGACCUCCCUGGCAUCGCCGCCGUGUACCGCCGCCGCCCGUUCCUCGUGCUCCGGCGCUCGCUGCAGAUCGGCACCUCCUUCGGACGGUGGUUCGCGCUGCGGUACCUCGACCGCGUCAACGAGCGCUCCGACGACAUGUUCGAGCUUCGGGCGGCUCAGCUCAGGAGGAUACUAUUGGAACUUGGCCCGGCAUUUGUGAAGAUUGCGCAAGCAGUUUCAUCACGACCGGACGUGAUUCCACCUGCAUACCUGGAUGAACUCUCACUACUUCAGGACCGCAUAGCACCAUUUUCAACCGAGGUUGCUUUUAACAUUAUAGAAAAUGAGCUUGGGCUGCCACUGGACAUGAUUUUCUCUGAGAUAUCACCAGAACCUGUUGCUGCUGCAUCUCUUGGGCAGGUUUACCAGGCUAGGCUUCUUUCCAAUGGGAAGCUCGUCGCUGUCAAAGUACAAAGACCUGGAGUUCAAGCAGCAAUUUCAUUGGAUAUCUUUAUCUUGAGGUUCCUUGCUGGUUUUGCAAGGAAGGCUGCCAAGUUGAACACGGACCUUCCGGCAGUGCUUGACGAAUGGGCAUCAAGCCUAUUUCGGGAGAUGGAUUAUAGAGCAGAAGCAAGAAAUGGACUUAAGUUCAGAGAAUUGUAUGGAAAAUUUAGAGAUGUGCUGGUUCCUGAAAUGUAUCUGGAACAGACUAGAAAGCGAGUCCUUAUCAUGGAAUGGGUUGAGGGAGAAAAGUUGUCAGAAGUUAGAGAUCAAUAUUUGGUUGAGGUUGGAGUAUACUGUUCGCUUUCCCAGCUACUAGAAUAUGGAUUUUAUCAUGCAGACCCACACCCCGGAAAUCUUUUGCGUACAAUUGAUGGGAAGCUAGCCUACUUAGAUUUCGGAAUGAUGGGAGAAUUCCGACAAGAACUUCGUGACGGAUUUAUCGAAGCUUGUCUUCAUCUUGUUAACCGUGAUUUUGAUGCUUUAGCAAAAGAUUUUAUAACUCUUGGUUUGCUUCCUCCAACUUCUCAGAAGGGUGAAGUCACAAAGGCAUUGACAGGUGUAUUUGAGAAUGCUGUUAACAGAGGAGUUCAAAAUAUAAGCUUUGGAGAUCUGUCAGGGAAUCUUGGACGAACAAUGUAUAAAUUCAAGUUCCAGAUACCUUCGUACUUUUCUCUUGUAAUUCGAAGCCUUGCUGUCUUGGAAGGUAUUGCGAUCAGCUUUAAUCCAAACUAUAAAGUGUUGAGCAGUUCAUACCCAUGGAUUGCGAGAAAAGUUCUCACUGACAACUCACCAAAUCUUCGAUCGACUUUGCAGACUCUUCUUUAUAAGGAUGGCGCUUUCCAAAUUGACCGCCUGGAAUCUUUAUUAACUGAGUCGCUUAGGGCCAGAACAGAGCAGUCAUUGGUCAGAAAUCAGCAAGAAGAUGUUGAUAGUACGAGAUAUGCGAUUAAGCAAGUCUUGUCAUUCACACUCACUAAACAGGGUGCCUUUGUGAAGGAUUUACUUCUUCAGGAGAUUGCAAAGGGAAUAGAUGCACUUGGAGUAGCCACAUUAAGCUCUGCAACAUCUGCAGCGGCCUCCAGAUUGCCAUUUGCUGGUGGUCCAUCCCCAUCACCCUCACUGGACGACGAGGAUGUCACUAACUUGAGAAAUCUAUAUCGCCUUCUACUUUUAUCUAAGGUUCCUCAGACGGAAAAUUCAUCUGCUAUUCCUGGAAAUAACAGUACCAUAGAGAAGGAAGGUGGUAGCACAAAUGAAAUUCCUCUUGCGCUAUAUGAAAUGACAUCUCUGCCAGAAUUUUGGUCAGUUCUUUCCAUCAUUUCUGAGCUUCCACCGGAGUCCCAACAUCAGUUGCUUCUCCUGCCAGCGGAUUUAACUAAUCGUGUUUUAUCUCGGGCUUUUGCAAGAACCAUUAGAAGAAUGUUCAUAUAAAGCUAAAUGUACAACUUUUCGGUCUGUGCUUCUUCAAAGGUUUUUGUAUAACUUUUCUUUUGAAUCACUGCUAGAAGACGAGGGUUUUUUCAUUCAAUAGCAUACUAGCAUAUACUGUAGAAUUCAAGAUCAAUAUAGAUUUUAGAAAUACUGCAUUACUAUGUACAUAUUUUCAAACAAAAAGAAGCCCCAUAAACGGCCCUUUUUUAUGUC